AAAUAUUCUAAAUUAGGAAUUUUCAUGUAGAUUAGAGCUAGAAUUUUGGUUUCAUUUUGCCGUUUCUGGCACUCCAGGGUUAAGCAGCCCUUUUUCGCUUCAUGUGGCUGUUUCAUAGAAUGCUUCAGGGAUUUUGCGGUGCACUUUAGCUCCACCUCUGUUGGCAAAUUCAAGGACUUCAACGGGGCGGAAGCCAAAUCAACCGCUGUUUCCAGGAAUAUGGAAGGGUGGUCCGACUGAAAUAUAGACUCCCCUGAAAGCUAAGUUUUCAGAGACACCAAGCCAGGGCUUGGCAAUCUGAGCACACAGCUGCAUCUUUAAGUAGACGAACUAUUUCAAUCACAUCGCAGCACCACUCCGGCUUCACGCAGCGGAGGCUCCCAGAGUCGCGUGCAGGUCGGAAGGAUUUAGAAGCAAGCAAGAGGGGCGCCCUGCUUGCGAAUCUGGCGGCACUGAGCAGGGCAGGGAUCUCCUUCCCCUCACGCUCCGGUUCCCCGGAGCCGGCCGCGCUCCCGGGGCGCCCCCGGGCCCGCGCCGCCCGCGAGCCGCGGCGCGGGUAGGUGCUGCCCCCUGCCGGCGGGGAGCGCCCUUCCGCGGCGGGCUGAGCGCGGACCGCGCGGCGCCGCCCCGCCCUCCCGCCAGCAUGGCCGCCGCCGCCGCCGCUUCGGUGCCCGUGAAGAUUGGAAUUAUUGGUGGAACUGGGCUGGAUGAUCCAGAUAUCUUAGAAGGAAGAACAGAAAAAUAUGUUGACACUCCUUAUGGCAAGCCAUCGGAUGCUUUGAUUUUGGGAAAGAUCAAAAAUGUGGACUGUGUGCUCUUAGCAAGACAUGGAAGGCAUCAUACAAUUAUGCCAUCAAACGUCAAUUACCGUGCCAAUAUCUGGGCAUUAAAAGAAGAAAAUUGUUCCCAUGUAUUAGUGACUACUGCCUGUGGUUCAUUACGAGAGGAAAUACAACCUGGUGAUCUUGUCAUAAUUGACCAGUUUAUUGACAGAACAACUAAAAGACAUUGUACUUUAUAUGAUGGGCAGCAUUCCACUCUCUCAGGAGUAUGUCAUAUUCCAAUGGCUGAGCCGUUCUGCACUAAAACCAGAGAGGUUCUUAUUGAGACUGCCAAGAAACUGGGGCUCCAGUGUCAUUCCAAAGGGACAGUGAUCACAAUUGAAGGCCCACGUUUCAGCUCUCGAGCAGAAAGCUGCAUGUUUCGCAGUUGGGGAGCUGACGUUAUCAACAUGACUACGGUGCCUGAAGUGAUUCUUGCAAAGGAAGCUGGAAUGAGUUAUGCAAGUAUUGCCAUGGCAACAGAUUAUGACUGCUGGAAGGAACAUGAAGAAGCAGUUUCAGUGGAUAAAGUUUUAAAGACACUGAAAGGGAAUGCAAAUAAGGCUACAAGCAUACUCCUUACUGCUAUACCUCAGAUAGGCUCCAUGGAAUGGACCAGCACCCUGCAGACUCUGAAAACAACGGUGCAGUGUUCGGUCAUCCUGCCAAAGCAGUAACAACCUGGAUGGACCUUGAAGUUUCAGUACUUUCAAGGAAGAGUGGAUCACUUUCGAACUUUCAGAGGUUAUAAUGUCUUCAAAAAUUGUUACAAGCUUUAAAGAAUGGACUAAACAUUGACCAAUGAUCAUGUGUAAGGCUGCUGUUAAAUCUUUGUCGGUUUGAUCACGUAUAAGACGGUUAAAAUUAGAUUUUGAGUACAUUUUCAACUAUAAAUAGCCCUACUGAUAAACUGUAUGUUACAGUGCUCAAAGGAAAAAAAGUCAGUAACCUUUCUUCUGCCGUACCUUUUAACUGAUGGUAGAAAAGGAACGUCUAAGUAAUAUUGUUGCAGUUUCAUAAAAUAAGAUCUAAGAAAGCAGAUUCACAGGCUAUUUGUAUUGCUGUUUCUACCUCCCAUCUUUUCCUUCAACAAGGCACAUGGUUGCAAUUCACUUUGGAAACAUAGUAGAAACAUAACAGAAAAACUGGACAAACAAUUUCAAAUUAAAAUUAUACUAUUUUUCUACAUUAUCUGUUUUUUUUAAAGCAGUGUAUUUGUUUUGUGUGCUAGAAGGCAUGGUUUAAUAAUUGUGGUGGUUCUGUCACAGCAGCAGUUUUGUAAGGAGUGUUGGAAAUUGAAGUAAUGCCUAAACCAAAUUUGUGCUUGAAGAUGUACUUACGUGACUUAGAGAACUAUACAGAAAAAGUACUUUGCUGAUAGUGUCCCAGACACUCUGCUGGCCAUUUUCUCCUUCAUUGAACAGCUCCAAUUUUAGUUCCUGUAUUAAGUGAUGAAUGUGCUUGAGUGGUUCGAAUGUAUGCAUUUCAAUUUUUUGAUACAGUUUUAUUUUAAUAAAAUAACCUGCUACUCUUGUCUAGUAAAUAAAACAAAUGAAAUGUA